GCCACUCCGGAGCGCAGUGUGAACGCCGCCCCGCGGACGAGGGCAACGUGGGAAGGAUGCCCGAGACCGGACAGGACGCCCCCGGCAGCCAAGCGCAGCCCCCGCCGCCGCCGCCGCAGCAGCAGCCCCCUCCGUCGUCGCAACCCAAGGAGUCGCCGUUCUCCAUCAAGAACUUGCUCAAUGGGGACCACCCCAAGGCGUCUCCUAAGCAGCCCCGGGCGCUCUUCCCUCCGGCGGCCAAGGGGGCUCUGGAGGGGGCCGGCUUCGCCCUGUCGCAGAUGGGUGACCUCGCCUUCCCGAGAUUCGAGAUCCCGGCGCAAAGGUUUGCUUUGCCUGCUCACUAUCUGGAGAGGUCCCCUGCCUGGUGGUAUCCUUACAGUUUGACGCCCGCCGGAGGCCACCUGCCUAGGCCAGAAGUUUCCGUGGACAAAGCCUUCCUCAGAGACUCCUCGCCGGCCUCGGUGGGCACAGACAGGGACUCCCCGGACGAGCCCUUGCUGAAAGCCGAGCGAGAGGCGAAGGAGCUGGACUCCAAGAGCCCCGACGAGAUCAUCUUGGAGGAGAGCGACUCGGAGGAGGUGAAGAAGGAGGAGAGCGGCGCCGAGGACUGGCCAAAGCGCGAGUCGGAGGCGGGCAGCCCGGAGAAGAAGCCUUGUCGCAAAAAGAAGACUCGCACCGUCUUCUCGCGCAGCCAGGUCUUCCAGCUGGAGUCCACCUUCGACAUGAAGCGCUACCUGAGCAGCUCCGAGCGCGCCGGCCUGGCCGCCUCGCUCCACCUCACCGAGACUCAGGUCAAGAUCUGGUUCCAGAACCGGCGCAACAAGUGGAAGCGGCAGCUAGCCGCCGAGCUGGAGGCGGCCAACCUCAGCCAUGCAGCGGCGCAGCGCAUUGUCCGGGUGCCCAUCCUGUACCACGAGAGCGCCGGCGCCGACGGCGGGGGAAGCGGGGCGGGUGGAGGCGGCGGAGGCGGCCCGACGGCGGCCAGCGCGCCCGUCAGUCAGCCCCUGCUCACCUUCCCCCACCCCGUCUACUACUCGCACCCCGUGGUCACCUCCGUGCCGCUCCUGCGGCCCGUCUGAGGACUGGGCCUAGCUCAGACGGACAAGGGACGAGUCAGGGAGGCAGGAGG